AUGAGAACGGAGAGCACGUCGACAUCUGAGCCUUCGACUUAUACGACAUCAACAGAUUCGACGACUUCUAUAGAGCCACCUUGGAUGAGAACGGAGAGCACGUCGACAUCUGAGCCUUCGACUUAUACGACAUCAACAGAUUCGACGACUUCUAUAGAGCCACCUUGGAUGAGAACGGAGAGCACGUCGACAUCUGAGCCUUCGACUUAUACGACAUCAACAGAUUCGACGACUUCUAUAGAGCCACCUUGGAUGAGAACGGAGAGCACGUCGACAUCUGAGCCUUCGACUUAUACGACAUCAACAGAUUCGACGACUUCUAUAGAGCCACCUUGGAUGAGAACGGAGAGCACGUCGACAUCUGAGCCUUCGACUUAUACGACAUCAACAGAUUCGACGACUUCUAUAGAGCCACCUUGGAUGAGAACGGAGAGCACGUCGACAUCUGAGCCUUCGACUUAUACGACAUCAACAGAUUCGACGACUUCUAUAGAGCCACCUUGGAUGAGAACGGAGAGCACGUCGACAUCUGAGCCUUCGACUUAUACGACAUCAACAGAUUCGACGACUUCUAUAGAGCCACCUUGGAUGAGAACGGAGAGCACGUCGACAUCUGAGCCUUCGACUUAUACGACAUCAACAGAUUCGACGACUUCUAUAGAGCCACCUUGGAUGAGAACGGAGAGCACGUCGACAUCUGAGCCUUCGACUUAUACGACAUCAACAGAUUCGACGACUUCUAUAGAGCCACCUUGGAUGAGAACGGAGAGCACGUCGACAUCUGAGCCUUCGACUUAUACGACAUCAACAGAUUCGACGACUUCUAUAGAGCCACCUUGGAUGAGAACGGAGAGCACGUCGACAUCUGAGCCUUCGACUUAUACGACAUCAACAGAUUCGACGACUUCUAUAGAGCCACCUUGGAUGAGAACGGAGAGCACGUCGACAUCUGAGCCUUCGACUUAUACGACAUCAACAGAUUCGACGACUUCUAUAGAGCCACCUUGGAUGAGAACGGAGAGCACGUCGACAUCUGAGCCUUCGACUUAUACGACAUCAACAGAUUCGACGACUUCUAUAGAGCCACCUUGGAUGAGAACGGAGAGCACGUCGACAUCUGAGCCUUCGACUUAUACGACAUCAACAGAUUCGACGACUUCUAUAGAGCCACCUUGGAUGAGAACGGAGAGCACGUCGACAUCUGAGCCUUCGACUUAUACGACAUCAACAGAUUCGACGACUUCUAUAGAGCCACCUUGGAUGAGAACGGAGAGCACGUCGACAUCUGAGCCUUCGACUUAUACGACAUCAACAGAUUCGACGACUUCUAUAGAGCCACCUUGGAUGAGAACGGAGAGCACGUCGACAUCUGAGCCUUCGACUUAUACGACAUCAACAGAUUCGACGACUUCUAUAGAGCCACCUUGGAUGAGAACGGAGAGCACGUCGACAUCUGAGCCUUCGACUUAUACGACAUCAACAGAUUCGACGACUUCUAUAGAGCCACCUUGGAUGAGAACGGAGAGCACGUCGACAUCUGAGCCUUCGACUUAUACGACAUCAACAGAUUCGACGACUUCUAUAGAGCCACCUUGGAUGAGAACGGAGAGCACGUCGACAUCUGAGCCUUCGACUUAUACGACAUCAACAGAUUCGACGACUUCUAUAGAGCCACCUUGGAUGAGAACGGAGAGCACUGUUAGAGCAACAUUCACAACUGAGCGGCCGCCUUCAACGGUCGCAUCCACUUCUACAAAAAUGGAGCCUACUUCUUCUACGACUACUGUGCCAUCGACAACAGAGGUGCCUGGAAAAAAACUGUCCUGCCUUAUCGUAGGUGACAUGUGCAAUUUCGGAACGAAUCAAGCGGCUUAUAAUCAGGAGAAAUACUUCAUCGGAAACACUAGUCAAAGCCUCUUCAAUUCGACUUCGCAAUUCAGAGCGGGAUUAUCACUGUAUGGAUUUGUUCGUGAAACUUUUCUCAGGGAUGGAUUCGUCAAACUCGAGAGCUCAUUCGAAGAGUUUCACCCUUUGCUGAAUCGUAUGAAAUAUACUCCGUUUGGUUCUAAGACUUCGGCUACAAUGGCAUUAAAUGCAAUCAACAGAUAUAAAGACUUCAAGAAGAAGCAUGUAAAUUGCUUGAUCUUCUUUUCCGCUCAGCAAAACCCGGCUGUCUUACCUCACUUGAAACCAAAGAUGGAACCCAAUGCGACUCUCGUUGCUGUCGGCUUCAACGGUGUCAACCUAGAGAACAUUGUGAAAGGAAGAGGAAAAGCAGUCAGUGUUCCCUUGCAUUCACAUCAGAACACGUUCAGAACGUCGUCAAUGCUGUGCUCAGCGGCUGAUUAUCAAUUCAGUGCCUCGCGUCUGUACAUCCUAUUUGUCAACCUGUGCCCGACUGGGGACACCCUUGAAAAGAAAGAAUUAUGUCCCUCA